AUGGGCAAAGUAGAAUUGAAUGGUGAGGAUGGCACAAUGAACAUAAUUGUUUUACAGCUAUAAUUUAUCUCACUUAUCUGUAUAAAUAAAAUUAUGUCUAAAAAGCUAAAGAAGGAGGUGUGUUGGCUAAAAUAGGUAUGCAAAAAUAUGGAAAUAAUGGAAGUAGGAAUGUAUCCAUAUUAUCUGCCAUUUUCAAUUGGAGAACAGUUCAGUUCGGUUGUGGAGAAAUAGUUGAAGCUACACUUCAUUUUGUAAGGAGGAUUAUUAAUAAUAGAGGUUGCUUAAAGCAAUGAACAGAAAUAUUUUCGCUGAGUGGAAGGGACAAAUGUUCAAAUAAAUCUUAAUUUUUCUUAAGGGAAUUGAUAUCAAUAAUUCAUUGAACCAUCCAGUAUGUAAUUUUCCAGCGCUAUUAGGUAGAUAGGAUGAAAAUAUGAAAUCUUUAGAAUACAUUGCAAUCAGCUAUAAAGCUUAUUAUUGA